AUGAACACAAACCAACAGUUCCCACCGUCAUCGCCGUUGCUUCAUAACGGGCACGAUGAAUUAGACAACAAUGGUAUUCAUGCAAAGGAUUCAUUCGAUAAACUGAAAAUAGACUUUAGUACAAAGGAAAGAGACGAUGCUUAUCUCACACCAGACCCAUCCUCUUCCUUGGGCGAUACCUCCAUUGUUGGUGAUGGCUUGAGCAGUCAACUCGAUGAUGUAGUUUCGUCACCGACAAGGGUUAAUAAAGUAUUGGACGUUUUAGAAGGCCCAGCGGCGAAGAAGUCAAAAGGUAAUGACCACUGUCCCAUUGCGAGGAAAACAAUUGAUUUAUCCAAUCCUCUUUCGACGCAGAACUUUCAAAAUGUUAUUCAUUUGCCAUUGAAUGGUGAUACUUUUAAGAUUGGCAGAAGUGGAUUAUCGUGUAGUUUCAAAAUCAAUUCUGCUAACAAACUCGUCUCAAGAGUCCAUGCGGAAAUUCACUAUGAAACGAAAACCAGACUGAUUGUCCUUAAAUGUACGGGUUAUAAUGGUUUGAACAUUACUAUUCCUAAGGCAAUCCAUGUAUCCAAGCUACAGGAUAGGGAAUAUAAGAUUGCAUUAGAUGACUUUGUCGAGACAGAUGAUGAGCAGGCACCUUGUGAUAGGAUCCUUUUGAAAAAAUCAACUUACACGAACUUUUAUAUGCUCAAAGACGAAGUUGUUAAGAUGCCAAUGAUUGAAGGUACGGUUUUAGAUUUCAGAGGUGACUUAGCCUUGCUAGUUUACAAUUUGGAUCCUCUGAAGUUGAACAAAGAACAGGUUGCAUCCAUAGUGGGAGAGAAACAAAAGGGAUCGGCGAAGCUGUCUACUGAUGCAUUGGCCGAAAUUGUCAGACAAAAGAAAUUGAAGUUUUCUACCCAUCCAACAUUGAAUGAAAUAAAGGAGAAGAAGUAUCUGAUUGGAGGUGCCAGACCAAUUGAGAAGAAGAAUUUGCACAAUACCAUCAUCUACAAACGUCCAUCACCAUCGCCAUCACAAUCGGCACUACAAUCACAGUCGGCAUCACCAUCGGUAUCACCAUUGGCAUCACCAUCGGUAUCACCAUCGGUAUCAUCGUCUGCAUCAUCGUCUGCACCGCCAAAAUCGAACCCACCUAUAACCCCGUCACCUGCAAUUGCUGAAAAAGAAAACCUUGAUCCAUCUGGAAAAGAGUUGGUUAAUGCGCAAAGCUCUCCAGUCAGUAUCGGCGAGAGUAGAACACCACUUGCUGAUAUAACACAUCUGCAUCACUCCAACACCCUGAAAGUCUUGCCAGAUACUACAUCAUCGGGGAAGGCUAUACCUUUGCAUGAACCUAUGUCAUCCAUGAAAUCAGAAGUCAAGCCUCAAAGGGCUGCAUCCGAGGAAACGCAAAAGAAGGAACGCAGUCACACCCCUGAACAAGACGAAACCAAAAAGAGGGGCAGACCAAAGAAGGUGAAGAAGAGUGAGGAGGAGACACUCAGAAGCAUGCCAAGGGAGGAAAUCGAUGCCAUUCUUUCAACUAUUUCCGGCCUCGAAGACCUCUCCAACGUAAUAACGAACCAUAUUGCGUAUGCGAGGAUCCUACAAACUCCCUUCAGUUCUAUCAGAGAGCUGAAUUCAGUCAAGCAGAAGGAAUUGAGCAAAUUACAACUAAGAUGUAUUCUGAUCCAUCACAUUGAAUGCAUUGGUGUCAUUUUCAGAACCGGUAAAGAUGCUGCUGGCAAACCACUAGACGAGGAGUACUACUACAUACCAGAAAACGAUUCCGACAAACAGAGGGUGAAGCUUGUCGAGGAUCUGAAAGGUUCUUCCUCACAUCUCAGAAGCUGUAGAAAGACCCACAAACAGUACUUUUGGAAGAAACCUAAAAUCUGA